UAAAGUAACAUUAUCGUUUGUUCUAUGUGGUUUAUCGGGUCACAGAAGUAGUAUUUUUAGAUAUUAAACAAUAAACUUCCCAGUAGAUAUUUUAGCAACUGAAUCGAAACAACACUAAUGCAAACAUUGCUUCGAAGCAGUUUAAAUUUGAAUGCAACUGGAUAUCGACUGCAACACGUGACGGUACCAGCUGCAAUGGAAUCGACGCUUAAAGCACUGUUCUUGAAUGCCGUUGAUGCGGUCAAGCCGAAGGCGCUAUUCGAUGGUUACAUCGGUGAUAAUAAACUGCUGUCAGAACAGCUACAAGUUCCGGACAAACACUAUCAUCUUGUCGGUUUCGGGAAAGCAGUUCUAGGAAUGGCGGUUCAGAUGGAACGACUACUGGGCAAUCGGUUAAGGAGUGGGUAUAUCAGCAUUCCAGUUGGAACACUGGACCGGUUUAAGAGCGACACAGAUUUUCAGCUAAGCAUUUCAACUAAAAUUCGGGUGUUUGAAUGUGCCAGAAAUAAUCUUCCUGAUCAGGAAGCUGUGGAAGUCGCUAGAACUAUUAAGUCAUUUGCUGAAAGCAUGACUGAGAAAGAUAUUCUCUGUGUACUGGUUUCCGGAGGCGGAUCGGCGUUAUUGCCACUCCCGAAAGAACCUGCUACGUUGCAAGAAAAAUUGUUUGUUAUAAAACAGCUUGUUGAAGCUGGCGCAUCUAUCGAUGAACUAAAUUCCGUUCGAAUUCACCUGUCGGAUAUAAAAGGUGGCAAGCUGGCGCUUGCUGCCUGGAAUGCUUUUGAUUUGAUAAGUUUUGUUAUUUCUGAUAUUGUCGGUGACCCCAUUGAACUGGUAGCCAGUGGACCUACGGUUAAAAGUAGUAUAACUCGUAGAGCAGCUUGGAAUGUGAUAGACAAAUAUGGUUUAUCUCAGAAAGUGCCCUCAAAUGUUAAAUUGGUGUUGGAUAAUCCUUCAUCGGAUCUUUUUGAGAUUAAAGAAAAUAUUCAUCUCGUUGGUUCCAAUCAAAAAGCUGUAAAUAGUAUUGUUCAAAACUGUCAAAAUACUCAAUUGUUUGCCAUUGUGAUGUCAACGAGUAUUGAAGGAAACGUAAAUACACUUUGCCGGGAGUAUAUUAAUCUAACUACCGCUAUAGUCCAUUUCCAGCGAAAGAUUAUAAAUGAUAAUGAGUUUAGGCAACAAAUAAUGCAAUUCUGUUCAACUUUCCGUAUUGAUGAACAGAAAGCUACCAGAAUAAUAGAUGACAUUACGAAUAAUACUGCGAGAGACAUUUUGCUGGUAUUUGGUGGGGAGCCAACAGUGAUAAUACGGGGUGGUGGCGUCGGUGGACGCAACCAAGAGCUUGCAUUGCGCUUUAGCAACGAAUGCUACAGACAUGGAGAACUACUGGAACAUGUGCGCUUCCUUUCGGCCGGUACCGAUGGAAUCGAUGGACCCACAGAUGCCGCUGGAGCCACUGGUGGCGCGUGUGUAAUAAAGUCCUACGAAGAACAGAGGAUGGCAAAAUCGGUAGAAGAAUUCAUCGAAGGAAAUGAUUCCUACAGUUUCUAUCGAAACGUCAGAAACGGAUUGUAUCAUAUUGUAACCGGGCAUACCGGAACUAAUGUUAUGGAUAUCCACUUGCUGUACGUUCCGAGAUGUAUGCAGGCAGAUGAAAUCAGUUGA